GAGCAGAAGCAGCCAACUAUUGUCUUGCGAUCAGAACAGUUUUUGUCUUUGUUGCUCUUUUUUCAGCAUUUAGUAGUUUUGAAUCUCUGUGAGAUAUUUUAUAGACUGAACUCAGAUACCUUCCACUGUUAUUGAGACUGUCCACUGGAAGAGUCUUCAACUAUGAUAGACUGCAACAAAUCAAUCGAUUAAAAGCUCAACAAAUCAAAAACAUCAGCAUUGCUUCAACUGAAAAAUCCAUCUGAUUUCAAUACAGGUUGAACAAUGAGGCCUGUGACCGCUGCCCUCUUGGCAGCAGUCAUACUGAUGGGACUCCAGCAGUGCAGUCUACUCCCUGACAACUUUGUAGACCGCUCAUCCAAAAACCUCUCCUCUGUCCCAAGUGACCUGCCAAAGACAGCCGAGUUUGUAGACCUCUCAUGCAACCACAUUCAGAAACUUCACAAAGGAGACUUCAAAAACACAGCUCUCCUUAAGUUUCUCAACAUUUCGUGGAAUCGUUUGGAGGACAUCGAUCCAGAGACGUUCCUUGACACGCCGCUCCUGACGGAUCUGGACCUGUCCCACAACAGGCUGACGAACCUGUCGGGUCAGCGGUACCUGCUCCAUGCAGAGAACCUUCUGGGGCUGAAUCUGAUCUGCAACAACUUUCUCACGAUGACACUGGGGAGUGAGUUCAGCUCUCUGGUAAAACUGAGGAGAUUAGCACUUGGAGCACAAAACAUUGGUGUGGGUGAUUUUAAGAAUAUUGCUCAACUGAAACUAUAUACAUUGACCCUUUCCCUAGAGGAUAAACUGAAUUAUACAGCGGGCAGCCUGAGGGAUGUUCAAGCUCAAAGACUUCAGAUAGCCUUCGCUGGUUAUCAAACAGUGGACCAUGGUCUGGUUGGUGAUGCUCUGUCACUCUUUGUUGAAGUGGAGUUGAUGGAUCUGACAAAUGGCUACAAAGAUCUGAGUAAGCUGUUGAGCAUGAGGGAAAAAAUCCUCACAACUCAUCUUUACCUCACCAACAUAUCAAUCAAAUGGAAUGACUUGACUCACUAUGUAAGUGUGGUCCUGCAGACAACUAUCAGCCAUCUGAGCACCUCCGAUGUGGCCAUUUCCAAUUUGCCCAUGAUUGAUACUGCUAUGACGUACACAACUCAGAUGAAGUCCUUCACAGCCACAAGGGCAGUGGUGACGUCUUUCUUGUUUUCACAGGAGGCUGUGUACAACUUUUUCAUCAACCUGCCAGUGGAGCAUUUAGCAAUUGUUCAGACCUCUAUCAUAUACAUGACAUGUCCAAAGUCGGAAAGUUCAAUCCAACUACUGGACUUUUCUGACUGUGCUCUGUUUGACUCCAUCUUCACCACAGUGACGACUCAAGAGAUUUUUGAAUGUAAGACUCUGGGUAACGUGAGGAAACUGAUUCUGGUUGGCAACAAUCUGAAGAGCCUCCAGUUUGUGAGCCAGCGUGUGCAAUACAUGAAGUCCCUGCAAGAUCUGAACCUCAGCCUCAACUCUCUGACUUAUGAUGGUCUGAGAGAAUGCAUCUGGCCGCCAAACAUCACCAAUAUGGAUCUGUCUUCAAAUGUUCUGACAGACUCCGUUUUCAGAUGUUUACCAAAAGGAACAGAAAAACUGGAUCUCAAGAACAAUCAGAUUUCUGUGAUUCCAUCAUCCAUCCUAAAACUGGGGAACCUUUCAUCCCUGAAUCUAAACGGCAAUAGGCUGCGGGACCUGCCAGUAUGUAAUGGUUUCCCCAUACUGAAUGAGCUUCUGCUGAGGUCAAAUUCCCUUCACGCCCCAUCUGUGAACAAGCUGGAAAGCUGCCCCGAGUUGAAAACCCUGGAUGUCAGUAACAACCCCUUCACCUGCACCUGCGCUCUGAAGAGUUUCAUAAAUCUUGGUGUCAAGUCUGAAACAAAGAACAGUCACACAGGAAUUGAACUGUUGAGCUGGCCGUUGGACUAUAACUGUAGCUACCCAGAGGCCGUUAGAAACUCCACCUUGAAAGGAACCUAUAUCCCAGAGAUCUCCUGCAAUGUCGGCCUUCUAGCUGCUGCCAUCUUGUGCCCAGCAGUGCUAGUGAGUAUCGCAGUUGUGACCCUUUGUCACUCUUUGGAUGUUCCCUGGUAUAUGGGCAUGAUCUGGCAGUGGACCAGGGCCAAACAUCGUGCCAGAAUGCGACAUGUUCGACCUGAAGAUCUGGCAGGCGUUGAGUUUCAUGCUUUUGUGUCGUACAGCCAGCAUGAUGAAGAUUGGGUGCACAAUUCCCUCCUUCCCAACCUUGAGGGAGGAGGGCUCAGAAUCUGCCACCACGUGAAAAACUUUGUGCCGGGAAAGACAAUUAUUGAGAACAUCAUCGCCUGUGUGGAGAAAAGCCGACGCUCCGUGUUUGUGCUCUCUGCUCACUUCGUCAAGAGUGAAUGGUGUCACUAUGAGCUGUACUUCGCCAGCCACCAACGCCUUACUUGGGGCUCGGACAGCAUUGUGCUCGUACUGCUCGAGCCUCUGCCUCAAUACCUGAUCCCUUCCAAGUACUACCAGCUGAAGUCCAUGAUGGGCCGCCACACAUACUUGGAGUGGCCUCAGGACAGGGCCAAGCACAGGCUGUUCUGGGCUAACCUCAGAGCGGCCCUACAGACGGACCUGCCAAACGCACCGGUGACAGAACUAGAGGAGUAACUGUGACAGAAAGACUUAAAGCUACAGUUGGUAACCUUUAUGAAAAUAACUGUUUGGCAUAUUUGAUGAAACUGUCACUACAACAAGUCAACACAGUAUAACAAGAGACAGAAAAUUCUAUGAAAAUGGCAUUUGCUAGUUUCUACCCCGGCUGAAGGAAAACAUCAAUCAGAGUCAAGGAGUCUCUGAUGCAGCUAUCAAUCAUGUCCAUGACAGUUCAUGAACUGCAGUCAAAUUGUCAAACUAGGCAGCGCUGAUCAAAUACAAAUCAAGAUUCUGUCACUGCGUUGCCAAUGUCUCACUUCAAAUGUUAUCAGAAACAUACAGUAUGUCAGUGUAUUGUUUAGCUGUGAAAUAAGAAAGCUUUACUUCAGCCAGUGGGCGUUACUUUGCUGGAGCCUAAGCGAGCUGACCUCCACAUCCACACCUGUGGCCAGUUUAGUGGGAUGAAGCUGGAGAAAACCCACCCUGACACGAGCAGAACACAGAGGGCCACGGUCAGCGGAUUGGAUAAGGAACCCUCUCACUUGAGGCGACACAGCUAACCACAACACCAACAUGCCACCCUUGGCCAAAAAGUUAUUUUUAUAAAGGUUACCAGCCACAGCUUUAAAGAGAAAAAGGAAGUGGGAUGAAGAAGUGUGAAUUGAUCAUAAGGGAGCAGAGGGAACGCAGUAAGAGUAAUCCCAUGUGGGGGCUCUGAAGUGAAAAAGUGUGUGUAUUCCUUCUUAAGACAUGAGCAUGCUUUUUUUGUGUAUCUGAUUUUUUAUCUUGCUCUAUUAGGUAAACUGAUGUUUUGUAGGUUUCUAAGAUUUAAAUCAUACAUGGCAACUUCUGUAAUCCAUUAAGAGGCAAUUUAAUGGAAACAUUUAUAUCAACCAACACUUCAAGUUUGUAACAAAAACAAUAAACUUUACCCGAGAAUAUCAAAAA